AAAAUGCAUUAUUCUGUAUCGACUGAUGUAUCAGCCAUAAAACAGUCUUUGUUGAGAGUGAUUCCUUUGUUCAAACCAUCCCGAACCAGUCAAAGAAAGGACCAAGUUGCGACAUAGAACUCAAUCGAAUGACAACAGUCAUAUAUAAAUUUGCGCAAAAGACCAACACCAUCUACCCUGCGCUCUCUCUAGUAAUCAGAGAGCCAUUCGCCGUUGCGCCGUCAUAGAUAUCUAAAAUUCACUUUUCAGUGAAUUUAAGUUCGUAAUGUUCCUUCCCCCUGAAGAGGAGCCUGUUUCCGUGCUGAAAGCUCUCAGUGCGAAGAGCGAGACUCCUGUCGCGAAUAGUGCCAAUAAUACAAGUAAAGGUAUAGAACAGGCACAAAACUCAACCGCAGAGACUAAUACGAUUGCUAAAGGACAUCAAGUUAUCGGUCCCGUUUCUCGUAGAUCUUUGUUCAAAAAGAAUCUCUACAAGGAUUACAGUGAGAAGAGCUUUCGAUCAUUGAAUUUAGCUCGAACCAGCACAAGUGGCACAGAAGUAGAGUGUGAAAAUCUCCGCACAAGAAACAUCGUGAAUCGAGCCUUGGCGGUAAUGACCAAAUCAUUGGAGGACAGGGACUGUUUGCCUCAGAGUCAGGGCGAGGUGAAAGUUGAUACAGAGAGCGAUACUAGCAAAGAAUUUGAGUCAAGUGAUAACAGUUUGAGUCCUAGUAUUAGUGAAAACGAUAACGAAAGCAACAGUGACGAAGAAGGAUCCAUCAGAGAUCCCAAGUCUAUUGGUGAUGGUGGCACUCUUACAGCUCAAACAUCGUUUCGAAAGAUUGCUAAGAAACGCCGCAAGGCUAGAGGGCAAAGCAGUUUCCAUCACACGAAGAGCAGCAAGGAAUAUCUUCGAAAGGCACAAGAGGCCUAUCAGAAGUUGAAAAUCAGUGAGCAAUCUGCGGAUGCUUCUACGAAUACAGAAAAGGAGUCAAAUGACGUAGAUUACGGGUACGGAGACGCUGUGGAGAGUCAGCCAAAGGCCGCGGUCAAUUACGGGUACGGAGACCCGUCCAAAAGCGAAUCAGGAGAGGCUGUUGACUUUGGUUAUGGAGAUCCUACGAAGAGUCAAGUGCAAGAACCUGUUGAUUACGGGUACGAAGAUCCAGAAGCUGGUCAACCACAUCUGCCACGAAGAGGAAGGCGAGCACGCCGUCGAAACAGUGUGACCAAAUUCUCUGUUCAAGCAGCAAGUGUUGUGGCGGCGAAAGCUGCUGCGGAACGCAUUCUACAACUCAAACCGAGUCUAACUUCGUUAACGAGAGGGCGAUCAAAGACACCAACGAAACUGAGACGACAGUUGGAUCACCAAGUGGAACCGGCGAAUGCACAACAGCCUCAAAAAGAGUGCCGUGUACGCCGAGCACUUCCUCAGCGGUCGUCCCGGAAUGCUCUCGAUGUAUUUGGUGAUAGUUAUGCUACCAAAUAUUCUUCUAAACAUCAAGAAGUAAAAGAACCGAAGGAAUCACAACACAAGGAAAGUCCCACUUUGCGUCGAUCUAUUCAAAUCACAGAGAACCCCCAUUUGAAGUUGACAUCUAAUUACUUUUCUCCGGAUCCAAAGCCAAGGAGCCUCUUUUGCAAGAACUCGGGCAUAUCAAAAAACUUGUCGUUGCGAUUCAAGGCCCCUUUGAGAACAGAUUCGUGGCUUUCCCAUGAUACUAACACCGACGAUGACGAUGCUGAUUCAUUAGCUUCCGAUAUGGAAUCUUUAUGUACCUUUCGAAACAAUAGUUUUCGAUUGGAUGCGAGCCACAGUUUCAACAGGAACGCAGAUUUACCGCCCGUCCCACCCCCACCUCCUCAGGCGUCACCUCUCACUCAAGCAUCACCGUCAUUGACGCCAGCUCCGGGCAAUAAGUCGAGGUUGACGUCACUAGAUCAUCUGGCAAACUUUUCUACAGGAAGGAGCGGCAGUGCGGAAUCUAAGAGACGCAAUUCUCUAGUUGUAACCUGGAGCGAUGGCUCUGGAAAAGGUGCAUCGAAAGAUAACGUUCAUAAUACCACUCGCGAAAGGCUGAUAGGUGACGGGAACAAAAUUCCAAUUUUGCCCUUUGCAGGAACUACGACCACAUCAAAUAAUACGUCGAUAUCGAAGUCUUGUAUGCCGGCACCUGUGAUAAGGACACCGUCGUUUAAGGGAUCGCAAUAGCGAGAAAGUUAGGUAAUACAUUUUUGAUUUGCUAAUAAUAAAUUAUUCUCAAUUAU